UUUUGUUGACAGCUUCAAUCGACAGAUUUUAGCUGGCUACGUGCACUUUUUACUUGUUUAUUUAUGUGUCGUUUGAAAUAGUUGAAAUAGUAAAAUUUAUUUUUAUUUAUUGAUAAACCUACUUGAUUCUACUAUACAAACACGUUAUUUGAGAAAUAUUUAAACUAUUUUGUUUUGGGGUUUUGUAAACUCACUGCUCUACGAACCAAAUACUCUGUUGAUCAUGGUUGAAAACUCCCCAUCCCCUUUGCCAAAAAGAGCUAUCUAUGGGUUUGUUCUCUUCCUUGGCUCCCAGUUUGGCUUCUUUCUUUACUGCUUGUGGGCUUACAUACCAGAGGAAUGGCUUCAUUCAAUAGGGCUCACUUAUUGGCCUCAAAAAUAUUGGGCUCUGGCAGUGCCAAUAUAUCUGCUGGUGGCACUGAUGGUGUCUUGUGUGGUGUUAUUUGGAGUCAACAUGUGCAACACAGCCCCACUGGACUCUGUGGACAAUAUUACAGAUAUUUAUGCAGAAAACCAGAGAGGAGAAUGCCAGCAGAAGGGGGGAAUACCUCGACUAAAGGAUGUCUCCAUCAGUGAUGUCAACAAAAUGUUUUAUUUAUCACCCAGAACAUAACUGUCUGCUGCUGACAGUUUUGUGGUUUCACUGUUUAUUUAUUGAUAAUCUGGGGGAACUUUGCUUAUGGUGUAAUAUGCCAAAUCUGUUCGCUUUUGCAAAUCUUUAAGCACUUUUACCAGGUGGGGUUAGUGAGUUUGUGUGUUACUUUUGCGCUGUGACUUUGCUAUUCACCUUUAAAGAACUGCCAUUUUAAAUUGAUCGAGAUGUUGCCAUCAUGCCAUUAAGAAAUUUUUAUACUAAAUAUGGUCAUUUUAGAGUAUUUUUAGAGCAUUGAAGAGAUUUUUACAUGUAUGUUUUUUUCUAGUUGAAUAUUAGUCAAAAAGGUACAGGAAGCCUUUUUUUUUUACUUUUGUUACUUCGCUUCCUAUCCAAAACUGAGUCAUGGUGUGUUAAUAUUCUUUGCCAAAACAUAAAAUAAUUUCUUCCACGAUACCUUCAACUUAAGUAUUUUUGAAAACAGUAGAGGAAUGUGAAUUUGGAGGAAAAAUCCCUUUUUUUUGCUUUGAACAUGUACUUGUGCUUGAAAUGGAUUAGAAUAAAAUAUAAAAAAUA